AUCGUCGUGAGAUUUCAACAUCUCUCGUACCCCCUUCACGCUCCUUUUGGUAGCUGAUCUCCUUGUCUGUUUUUGUUCAAAAGCUCCCUGGAUUCAAUAUUCACAGACCCAAACAUGAGUGUAGCAAGUCAAGCGAUUGAGCUUGUACGUCGGCUCAACGACCCAAGAUAUGCUGCCGGCGCCUCGCAGAUAUCUCGAGAAUUGCAAGAAAUCCAAUUGUCCGAUCGAGGAUGGGCCGCUGCAGACGCUAUGCUCGACCACGAAGACACCAACAUCAAGUUCUACGGAGCUCUGACCCUGCAAAUCAAACUCAACAAAGACAGAAACACACUCGAUAAUGAAGCAGCAAUCGAGCUAAAAUCGCGCCUCAUUAUGUGGUUUGUCCGGCUUACACUCGGCGAUAUGCCUCCUAAACUCAUAAUCGACAAGCUUUGUUCAACAUUGGCUACAUACUUCAUCCAAAGUCCUGUGCCGUGGACUCAGACUGUGCGUCAAAUCAUCUGCUCGCUACACACUGGCGAUGUUGUGCCUGUAGAGAUGCUCAACACUGGUGUAUAUCCUGAUACCAGCCAAGUCAUCAACCAAUUAUCAGGUUUGAAGCUAUUCAUGGCCGUGCGUUUCUGCAGGGUUUUGGCCGAGGACAUCCAGAAUAGCGCACUUCUGGGCUCUCAGUACCACCAUCUGGAUAAGGCGUUCAAGAGCAACACUACCGACACGGCCAUACUCAUGACCUACGUCUUCAGCACACGUACGCCGCUUUCUACAGAGAUCCGAGUCGAAGCUAUCAAUUGUUACUCUGCCUGGGUCACAUACGGCUUCGCCCACUGGACAACUGAUCUCGUCGCUCUGGGAUUGCUGCACAAUUUGAUCCCGAUGGUCAUUGAGCACGUCUUACACAACGAAGAAAGCGUCCGAGAUCCAACUAUAGAGUUUUUCGUCAACACACUGGAGUACCGCUCAAAGUUCCUCCAGAAGGACCAUCUUGAGUCAAUGUCGUUGCUAGUGCGCAAGACCAUCGGCCCGCAAUGUUUAUUGCAAAGCCGUGAUUUCUUGGAUCCAACCAUUGUAGCUUUCAGCAAGCUGAUUUCGGCUUAUGGUAAACUGGCUGUCAAGGAUCUAAUUUCACAAAGGAAUCAAGAAUCAUCCCAAGAACUCAUAGAUCUGUUGCGACAGCUACUGCGUGCUCCUGGCUAUCCCGCGGAAGAUGAUCAGGUGAUUAUCAACGUGACGGAGUUCUGGAUUGAGUACGCCGAGCAAACAGCCGACACUCUGAUGGACUCUACGGAAGACGAAGUCCCUUCUCUGGCGGCCGUAAGAAAUGACCUCAUGCAGGCUGUCCAGAUCUACAUCCCAAAACUUCAAGCUCCGCCAUUUUCAGAGAUGUCUGAGUGGGAUGAAGACAAUGUUGACCAAUGGCAAUUUUUCCGCGAUAACAUCGCCGAUUUCUUUGACCAGGUCAACAGUAUUCCAGAGACGCAUCUACUAAGUAACAUGGUCGUUCUCGCUACCAACGUCUUGCCUACCCAACAAUGGCUACAUCUCGAAGCCAUCAUCUUCUCUAUCAACUGCAUCUCAGACACGAUUGCCCUAUCAGAUGAGAAUGUGCAGGCACUCUCUGCACUUAUUGGGUCCUCGCUAUUCAACGACAUUGCCUCCAAUAGUGAAGAGGUGCCAAACAAGCUCAAGCGUGCUGCAAUGACUCUUGUCGACCGAUACUCUUCUUUCAUAAAAAAGAAUCCAGACUUCCUGCCUCCAGUACUCACGUUUCUCUUCACAAUCCUAGCCUCCACGCCUGCUGAUAAGAUCAGGCUUGCGGACGCUUCAGCCAAGUCACUCGAGCAGCUCUGUUCCUCGUGUCGCAGAUCUUUGACACCACACCUGAAUGAGCUGCUUCAACAAUGUCCACAAGCGCUUUCUGGCCCAUCCGCGAACAGCUAUCAGAAGGAGAAGAUCAUGGCAGCUCUUGCUUCCGUCAUUCAAGCCCUACCCAGCGAAGAAGCUAAAGCUGCGCCACUCAUAUCGCUUAUCGAAGUGGUUGAAAGUGACCUCAACAGCGCUGUCACAACUCUGCGCGAGGGCAAUCUAGAAGAAAGCGAAGUACUAGGAACGUCUGCUCUGCAGUGUCUGGCCAGCAUUGGCAGAGGCAUUCAAGCGCCUACCAACGACGUAAUCGAUGUGGACAGUGAUGACGAAGAAGGAAGUGAUGACUCGGCCACAACUGUUAACUUCUGGACUUCUCAAACUGGCCUUGCCAUACAGAAUCGUAUUGUGCAAUGCAUCAACAUCAUCGACUAUCUCCACAAUCCGGGGGAGGCAAUGGAUGCCGCCUGUGCAAUCCUGCGAGCCGGGCUGAAGGAGACGAAGCCGGGUCCCUUCGUGUUCCCGCCGGCGGCCACUGUCGCCUUCAUCAACAAGGCACAACUCGAAACACCUCGUAUUGAGGCUAUCAUCACCACAGCAUGCAGCUUUGUCUCCAACUGUUCGCGCAAGUCGGCCCCUCACAUGUUCCACGAGAUGUCGGCAGUGUACCUGAGGGUCGCGCUGGUGAUGCAGCAGCUCGGUGACCCGGUCAACGACCCCCAACUGGCCCAAAUAUGCAUCGACUUCCUACAAAGACUGCUAGUCAGCUAUAUCGACGUUCUACUCUCCCCCUCGGACGACGAUAUCGCUGCAACCCUGCAGUUUGUCAUAAACUGCAUGGCAGGCGACGCGCCCAUGCUGAAGCGCGCAGCCUGCAACUUCUUCGAGUCGCUGCUGGGUCUCGCCAACCCACGCACCGCCCACUCUCUCCCGGCCUGUCGAGUGCCUCCCCUCUCUGUCCUCACCGCCUUCGCCCCCUCCCUCUCCCGCGCCCUCAUCUUUAACAUCGGUGGGCUGGCCCAGCGCUCGGAGCUCGAGUCGUUGUGCAAGCCGUUGCGUGCCCUCGUCUUCUCCCAGCCUGGGCUGGCCAAGCCGCAGCUCGAAGCGGCACUGAUGGAUGGCGGGUUCCCGUCCAGUAACGUGGGAGAGAAGGAGAAGCGGGUCUUUCUGACCAAGGUGCUGGGGUUGAGAGGGGGUAGGCAGACAGUGGUUGUGGCGAAGGAGUUCUGGGCUGCGUGCAAGGGUACGGUGACCUCGUUCAACUAAGGGGUGAGCAGAAGAGGAUUUAAGAUUAGAUUGCUUUCGCUGGUCGCAAUGACCGUGAUGAAUAAGUUUAUGCCUUGCUACAGCCCUGCUUUCCUGUGACUUGUGUGAAGAGGAGAGCGCAAUUUGCCACUAUCCGCCCAGGGCGGCGAGGCUCCCACGAAGAUAGUCAAUUAUUCAGCAAAUGAUUAUGCCUUUUUACAGCCCUAUAUCAUCGCUGUACAUCGUCAUAUGGAGAACAGAAAAUUCUUCAAACCUGCCCAGGGCGCCCGAUAUCUCAUAAGCA